UGUGAAAGGAUCAACAUGCCUUUGGCUAGAGAUUUACUCCACCCGUCCUUGGAAGAGGAAAAGAAAAAACAUAAGAAGAAACGUCUAGUUCAAAGCCCAAAUUCCUAUUUUAUGGAUGUAAAAUGCCCAGGUUGCUACAAGAUUACCACGGUUUUCAGCCAUGCUCAGACGGUGGUUCUUUGUGUAGGCUGUUCAACAGUGUUGUGCCAGCCAACGGGAGGAAAGGCCAGACUCACAGAAGGGUGUUCAUUUAGAAGAAAGCAACACUAAUGAUCACACAACCUCUUGAAUUUGUGUUAUAUCACAGCAAGCCUUAUCAGUUCAAUAAUUCCGGUUAAUCUACCAAGAUAAUGUAAUUAUAUUUAAUUUUGUAAGGUAUACAACAGUCAUCUCCUAUUUUGGUGUCAGUUUUUCAAUAAAGCUUUGAUUAUGGGCAAAAAAAAAAAUAA